ACUCUGAUCCAUUCUUUAAGUCUUAUCUUCUCUCUGCAGCAUUGACGAUUGAUCCUUAUUCUUCUCACAUUGCCCUAACUUCCCCUUCCACUCUGCAAUUUCCGACCAUUGCAUCAGUUUUUGCGGAGUCGAAUUCUGAUUAUAUUUGGAGAAGAACGAGGGCCAUUUCAGGUUUGGCCAUGGCCGUUCAGGAUCAUGGAGCUUUCGUGGAGAAAUUCCUCCUGCAACCGAGCUCCCCCUCCGAUGAACUUCCCUUAGCUGGCCUCACUUUCGCCGUCAAAGACAUAUUUGAUAUGGAUGGAUAUGUAACUGGCUUUGGAAAUCCUGAAUGGGCAAGGACUCAUCCACCUGCCAAUCAGACAGCCCCAACCGUGUCGACCAUCCUAAGAGGAGGAGCCACAUGCAUUGGCAGGACUGUCAUGGAUGAAAUGGCCUACAGUAUAAAUGGGGAAAACAUUCAUUAUGGCACACCCCAAAACCCAUAUGCAUUAGACCGGAUACCUGGAGGAUCUUCCAGUGGCUCUGCUGUUGCUGUUGGUGCAAAGCUUGUAGAUUUCUCCUUAGGAACUGAUACUGGAGGUAGUAUAAGAGUGCCUGCAUCCUAUUGUGGAAUUCUCGGAUUUCGGCCUUCACAUGGGGCAGUCUCUACCUCUGGAGUAAUACCUAUGUCACAGAGCUUUGAUACAGUAGGAUGGUUUGCAAGGGAUCUGGCUGUAUUCAAACGAGUGGGUCGGUUGCUGCUGCAACAGUCGGAGGUUGAACUAAUCAGGCCUACGCAGGUGCUCAUUGCAGAAGAUUGUUUCAAGCUCUCGAGCAUUCCUAGUAAACGAUUGACACAAGCUUUUGUUAAUUCCGUAAAGAAGUUAUUUGGUGGCCAUCUUAUAAAGGAAAUUAGCCUUGGGAAUUAUGUUGACGAAAGAGUUCCAAGUUUGAAGCAUUUCAUGAUUGAAGAAAAUGCAGCCCAUAAGCAUAGCAUACCAUCCUUGGCAGCCUUAGCAAGAUCGAUGCAGUUGCUUCAGAGGUAUGAAUUCAAAACCAAUCACGAAGAAUGGAUUAGGACUUGCAAUCCUCAUUUUGGUCCGGGAAUAUCAGAACGAAUAUCAGAUGCCAUGAAGACAACAGAUGAAAAUACUGAUUUGAGUCGCUCCAUUAAAACCGAACUGCGGGAAGCUCUCGCUGCUCUUCUUGAAGAUUUUGGGGUCCUUGCUAUUCCAACAGUCCCAGGCCCCCCUCCAAAACUAAACACCAACAUAUCGGAACUACACGAUUUUCGUUCCAAGGCUUUCAGCUUGCUCUCCAUUGCUGGAGUCUCUGGAUUCUGCCAGGUUAACAUCCCUCUAGGCUUGUACAAUGGUCUUCCUGUAUCAAUAUCUUUGCUGGCAAAACAUGGUGCAGAUGGGUUUUUGCUCAAUGUUGUUGAGACUAUUUACAACACUCUAAAAGAAGAGGUUAGCUGCUAAGAAAGACAAAAGGAGGCUAAAAAAAAACUACCUUGAUGUCUACAAAAUGCUGUCCUUUUUUCAGGUUGAAAGAACAGGAACACGUGAAAAGCAGGUACUUUACCAUCUACUCAAAGCAUAUUGACAUGUUUUCCUUUUUCUAGCAAUAAAUAAAUUUUUAAGUUUAUUGCUCCAUGAGUUAUUCGAUCUUCCAUUGUCACAUGUAUCCUCUGUAUAGUUGUUGAUGAUGAAGAUCCUGAUGACGAUAUUUCAUUGCUUUCUCGUAUUUUGUUUCUAACGUUUUGAACUUCACUUGAAGAGUUAGACCUCGAUAUUUCUA